GCGAAAAGCCUAGCGAGCAUACUGCAGCACUAGUGUGUUGGUUUAUUUUGUCAAUUUGCAAAGUUCUCGGAGAAAAUCAAAACAAAUCAGCGACGCGUCGAAAAUUGCCACCUUUUGGCACCGAAUCUCAGCCGUAUCUCGAAUUUACACAAAUAAAAAAACCCACUCUUAAAUACAGCGGCGGCUUACACGUACAUAUGUACAUAUGUACUUACUUGGCGUACGCACAUGCCUUAUUUGCACAAAAACCAAGUGAAUGUUUAACUUCCAUAAGUGAUAUUGAGGUCGAGAUCUGAGGAUAAAAGAUGGCUUCCAACUCGACGAAGAAAAGCAAAUCCUCUGGUAUGCGCAUAUUGUGGAUACCGGGCCGAAAGUCUCAUUCCAAAGGCCGCUUUAGUACUACCAACAAGCACAUCUCUUACUCGGGGCCGCAAAAGAAAAGCGAGGUGUGGUCCCUGGGCGGCAGCAAGGCACAGUCCGAGCUGAUUGACUUACCCUCACCCGAUUUGGCUGCACCCUCUUCCCUGAGCCUGGUGGCCACCUGCUCACUGGCCGCUCAAAGCGGCAAAAGCGAAUGCACUUCGUCCACUGAUGGUUCAUCGGCCAUCGUAUCGGAGACUGCCACUUUGCCGGCCACCCCCGUAACCACACACUUGCCCAAUCUGAGACCCACAUCCUCUCUAUCGGAGAUUGCACCCUCGACACCAUCCACCAGAGCCAUGACUUCGCCGAAUGUCAUUACCACCGCCGAGAUACAGGACUUUCACAACUUCAUGGGCCCCGAAGACUUGCCCAAGGUGCCACCAGCCGCUGCAACUGGUGAAACGGAGGUGGUGCUAAAUAGCUCGGCGGGAACCACAGCCUCGAUAGCAACGACCUCCUCGCCGCUGGCACAACAAGGAGCGCAGGACGCGGCCCAUUCUCAACAGACGACGCCGCAGAAGAUUAAAUAUAAGAACCAUAAUAAUAAUCAGGAGGAUAUCAACUCCAUAGAAAGCAUUUCCAGUUUCCCCCGCUUCCAGGGAAACGCCACCGACUUUGACUGGAUCGACGAGAUGGUGCAGCAGCGCAACUGCAACGAGAUGAUGCACAAAAACAAGCGAAAGAAGGCUCCGAAGAAGGGCAUACUCGAUGGCAGCCUGCAGUCUGAGGCCGAUCAGCUUGACGGCCAACUGUAUAGCUACAAUAGCAAUGACAAGGCCAAACUCAAUUCGUCCAAGGGCAGCGAUGGCGACGACGAAAAGGUUGUCAAAUGUCUGUAUUACUCGCUCAUGUGCUGCGAUUGUACGAUUUCGUAAAGAGUAGCGAGUGCGAUUACAGCGAGAUCCAUGUAAAAUACCUCUCAACUACCUAUGUAAAAAGACAAAAUACAUAUAUACAUAUAUAUAUAUACUUGAUUUUUGAUACCUAGCUUACACACAUAUAAUCUCUGCAACACAAGACACGGAAAAAGAAUGAAAAUAAAGUAUUAACGAAUUUAUAA